AUGUCAGUUGGCGAAAUGAGGCAGUACAGCUGGAAAAAUUAUGCGCUCUUUGGGUCAGAGGAAGAAAUUUCUAAUUUGGAUUACCUUCUGCAUUUAAACUUGUUAGUUGGCAGAGGUUGUAAUGAUCCUCAAGCACAUUUUAUGGUUCCUUGGGUCACAGAUUUUGCUUCUCGAUGUGGCAGGAAUUGGCGGGAUCUGAGUAAAUCGAAAUAUAGACUAAACAAAGGAGACCGGCAACUGGACAUGACAUAUGAAGUGACCAGUGCCAAUGGUCAGAUUCCUCACCAUGUUUCAGAUGCAUUAUCUGACAUCACAUGCUAUGUAUAUUUGGCGCGGAGAACACCGAAGGAGAUCCUGUGCAAACACGUGCGCAACAAAUGGGUGCCAGCAGAGUACCCUGCCUCCAUUCAGCGAAUGCAGGAGUGGACCCCGGACGAGUGCAUACCGGAGUUCUACACGGACCCCAUCGUGUUCAAGAGCAUUCACGAGGACCUUCCGGACUUGGGACUGCCCUCGUGGGCCACCUGCGCCGAGGACUUCAUAACCAAGCACAGAGAGGCCCUGGAGAGCACCCACGUGUCGGAGAACCUUCACCACUGGAUCGACAUUACAUUCGGCUAUAAGCUGUCCGGGCCGGCGGCGGUGAAGGCGAAGAACGUUUGCUUGUCGCUGGUCGACAGCCACGCGCGCGUGCGUCGCGGUGCCGCGGUGCAGCUCUUCUGCGCGCCCCACCCGCCGAGGAGGGCGCGCGCCCCCCCGCCCGCGCCCCCCCGCCUCAGGUGGACCGCCCCGCGGGACGUCAAGAAAAUUGUAAAAAACGAGAGCUCGGAAGAGCUGUCCGAUGAAGAGGAGGAAUCGAACAGUCUUCCCCAACAUGUCUCCCGUCUUCUUCUGCCUCCGCAGAGACUCCGUUCGCGGCACAAGAGCAGCAGCAGAGCUCGUUCUCUUUCCAAGACUCAGGAGGUGUCCGCAGAAGAUGGCGCGAUUGCGGAGAACAGAGCGUCCUCCCACUCCAGACAUUACAAAGUCCAACGCUCUGAGCUCGGCAAGGGAGUUAUAUACCUCCCGAAGGAGUUCAACCCCGCCGCCUCGAUACAAGCGAUCGAAACCCUGGACAACUUCAGAACGAAAUGCUUCUUCAGCAUGGCGGAGGACAAAGAGAGAUUGGCAGAAAGCGCGGCGAGGAUCAACUUCUAUCCCGUGCAGAAGGAAACUAAAGAGGACGCGAAUGCGGCAUCCAAAGAGAACUGCGACGAUAACGCGUUCACUAACCACAUGUUUCUCGCUUCGUACGACCAAGGCUAUCUGAAGAAGUUCAGCCAGGACGCCCAUUUGGACAGCGUGCUGAAAGAGAGGAAGAACAGGAUGUUCAACACGCGUUACACGACGGACGCGGCGAUAUUCAAGCAGUUCGUCACAGAAAGCCGACACCAGGACAUGUUGGUAAUCGGCUGCCUGAUCGUGGAGAUAUUCCUGCACUCCCACAUGCGCGCUCUGCGUACCAACGGUGACGAUUUCGUACAGCGGUACGACAGCUGUCGGACCGUUUUGAAGUACAAUUACGGCUGCUUACCAAGAUGCGUCAGCUAUCUGGCGUCGUUGCUGCUGAACGUUCAGCCGCUGACGCUCAGCUUCAAGAACGAGCUGACAACGAAAGGAGACGAGGCGAAAUGCGAGAGAUCGAGGAAGCUGGUCGUGACGGACAAAGGUCUCCCACAUCCUACCCCCGCGCAGCUAUUGCAGCCGCUUCUGAUGCAGCACUUGAUACCGUUCCCCCCCACGUUCAGCGUCCUGUACAACCUGCUCAGCACGCUGCACGAAUACGAGCUGACCAGCAGCGAGCUCACCCUCCUCUACAUGUACGAGUGCGACGGCGUCCAGUGCGAGAAGUACCAGAACGUGGACAAAACCAAACUGUACUUCAACCAGAGGAUCGCCGAGGGGAAAAUACAAGCUUGCGUGACUCACUUGUCGGUCCUUCUCAGCCAGAUAAACGGCGUCAACCAGUUCGACGUCCUGGACAUAUUCCUCUCCCACUACAUCGAGCUCUUGGAGGACAAGAACACGUCCGUCCUAGCCGCGUGGUACCUAUUCGACACCGUCAGCAAGGCGUUAGGGCCGGCGGAGACGCGCAAGAAACUGUUGAAGCACAUUCUGAACCUGUACGAAGACGACGAAUUCCUCUACGACAAGACGGGGCAGCACAAGCCCACGGAGGUGGACUCGUCCGGCGGUGCAGUGACGAGACACAAGUUCGUGAAGCUGUACCACAACAUAUUCCUGUUGCAGCUGAUGGUACGCUUGGGGCUGCAGUGCUUCCUGGACAACUUCACCCAGCACCUGGUCGAGGCGGUCGGCGGCUACAAAGACGCGUGCACCGAGGCCGGCUCGCCGGGCCACUUGUGCCGCAGCCGUUCCGUGGCGAACAAGAAGCCGCGCUACUCGGACGACAACGUGAAGAACGCGCUGACGACCAGCUCGGACAUAUUCUCGCCGGACACGUCCUACGGCUCGGAGCACGUUGUGACGCCCAACGUCGAGAGGACCAUAAUCGAGGUCGGCGAGGCCCUAAAGGACAAGGACGUCGACAGCCGGAGCGAGAGCGAGCUGUUCCACUUCGAAACCGACAAGGACAGGCAGCCCAGCCGCAGCAGCAGAAGCAGAUCCCCCACGGGCUCUAUGGACUCGAACAAAGAGCCGAACACCCUACACACGCCCUCGCCGUCCUCCGAGUACUUCUCGCCGGGCAACUCGAGAUUCUUCACGCCGAACAUCUCCAUCUCGAACCAGUCGAACCAAAAGGAACCCAACGCCAGUUGCUCUAGAGACGAAAGUCGCGAAACGAACGUGGAAACCCCGGCUAAAGCGUCGCCCGCAACGGACGCCCCACAGCGGCCGAUGUUCACUAGCUACCUGCACUUCGCUGACGGGGACUCUAAAUCGGAGGACGUAGCAAUAGACGAAAACUCCCAGCCGGUCGAUAGGAACGAGUUCUCAGAAGACGUCGACGGCGAAGGUCCCCAGAGUUCCAAGGUGCACGACGAAACGGCGUCUUGCAGGAUAUCCGACAUGAGCUCCGAGAGUCUGAUCUGGCUGGCUCAUCGACUGGGGCCCGUGCUGACCUGCAGGUACAUAACGAGGAACCUGCUGAAGAUGCUCACGCUGUGCUACAUUGGCAAGGAGAAUUUGGCGCUCUGCGAGUACGAGCCUAGCGAUGAGUUCGACGAGAUCUCCGUUGUGAACAGCAGGGUAGUGGGCGAUAGAAACUCUGCGAAAGUAAUAAAGUGCCUCACGUCCAUCGUUGCGAUGUACGGCGAGCAGUUGAUAAUGUUCCAAUACCUGCCGCAUAUGGGCGAGCUCAUCGCGUCCUGCCGCCGCCGCCUCUCCGCGCCGCUAGAGGGCGGCGUGGUGGCCUGUCUGCAGCUGCUGAAGUACCUCAUACCCUAUAUGUCCGACGUCAAGGUCAUGGAGCAGCUGCAGGACACUUUCCUGAAGUCCGUGCUGCAGCCGGCCCUGCGCCUGGCGUCCACCACCCGCUGCUCGUACCCCAACGGGGCCGUGGCGAGGGGUUCCUUGGCGCGGAAGCUUCUAGACGCAAUGCACGCCCUGGCGUUGCGCGUCGGCCCGGAGAUGACGAGGAGGCACCUCUGCGUGCCGGCCCUGCAGAGGUUUUUCUUGGCCUUCGACAAGGCAACUGGCAAGGUGGAAAACUGGCCGAAGCAGGAGGACAGUAUCGGCGACAAAGUUGAGCCGGAGUGUACGGAACCCAAGGAGGGCUUCCUGGAGAUCUGCCGCGACGGCAGCACGGCCGAGUGGGCGGUGAAGGACGGCCGGGUGGUGCGCGCCGACCUGCCCGAGCUCGCCUGCUCCCCGCCGGACCUUCCGGAACAGCACGACGCCACCGGUCUCACCGCCCAGGAGGAGUUGCUGGUGGUGUUCGACGAGGAGUUGGCCUAUCAGGCUUACACCACGUUCUCCAGAUUCGUCGGCACCGAGGCCCUAGACCGUUGCCUGAAGAACAGCGACACGGUGCGGUCCCUCUGUCAGAAGUACAAGCAGAUGCACUACAUCAGUUCGCCCCUCCACAUAAACCGGCAAGAGAGGCGAUUCCAGGCGUCGCCAAGCGACGAGCCCAUCGGCCGCAAGAUGGCCGCCACCCCUACGAGGGGCGAUUUGGCCCUGGACCACGUGUCCAACUCGAACAGCUUCGGCUCCAACGUGACCCUCGUGGGCAACAGGAUCGACGUGGUGGCAGACGCGGUGGACGCCAACCCCCAGGGGUGCGGCUUCGACGCCGUCGCGUACAGGAUGGGCAACGGAGUCAAGAGCGACAGGCAUCUCCGCGGCGACUGGCUGAUAUAUUGGGAGCACGAGAUCGGCCGCCCCGACAAGGACGCCAGGUUCAAUCUGAAGCAGAUCAAACUGCAGACCUUCCUCGGGCACACGCACUCGGUGAAGUCCAUCCACUGUCUGGACAACGAGAACAGCUUCAUGAGCGGUUCCAAGGAUAAGACUGUCAAGCUCUGGUCAUUGAGGAAUCAGGGCGAUGGAAACGCGAGCACCCAAUGCAACUGGACCUACACGGGCCACAAGAAGGGCGUGCUUUCCUUAGCGUUCCUGGAGUCCUUACGGCUGGCCGUGUCGACCGACUCUGUGGUGCACAUAUGGGACCCUUUUAUGGAGAGCGUCGUAUCUCAGUUGGAUAGCAUAAAGUCCGCAGUGAGCAUAGUUCGAACCCUGCCCGGUCCUUCGCCAGUCCUCGUGGCCGCCACCACCGACGCUACUCUGCGCCUGGUCGACGCCAGGGCUGCCAACUGCUCCUACGAGCUUAAGCUGGCGACGGCGGCGACGACGUUCAUCCGAUGCAUGUGCAUCUGCGCGUCGGGCGCGUGGGUGGCGUGCGGGCUGGCCGGCGGCCACGUGGCCGUGCUCGACACGCGCAGCGGACGGCCCCUGGCCGCGUGGCGCGCGCACGACGCGGAGGUGCUCCGUUUGGCAGCAGUAGACGACCAUAGAUUGUUGAGCUCGGGCCUGGACCAGGUCACGGCGCUCUGGCGGGUCGACGACGGCGAGCUCAUCGCGCAUCUCAAAGGCAGCACGGAGCCGGUGCACUGCCUCUCCGUGUACUACAACGAGCUGAUAUCGGGCACUACGAACAACCGCAUCGGCGUCCACACCGCCCUGGACCAGGACGCCUCCUUCUCCAGCACGAAGCUCCGCUCGGACACCUUCAGGGGGGUGCUGACCUGCAUGUCGGUGCUGCCGCUCAACAGGCUGCUGCUGCUGGGCAGCGACAACGGGACAAUCAGCCUGCUCUGC